GGGGGUUGGUUUCCUUGGAGGAUGGACUGAAAAUGAUGAAAGGACAAAAGCGGGCCUUUGCUAAAAAUAAAGCGGACAAAGAAACAUGGCGGGAUUGCCACACAGGCGAAAAGAAACAAGUCGCUGCAAGUCUUGGUGGGAUGGAAAAAAAAAAAAAGCAACAUUGAUGCUUGUCUCAGCAUCACCACACUAAGUCAUGUUUGUUUUGGCGUGAUUCUUUGCAUUCACACAACCUGAGGAACCAAACAUGUUUUGGACACAAAGUGAGAUCGAAUGCCGAGAGACAAGCAUUCACACCAGCAUCACCACAACAAGUCAUAUUUUUGGGGCUUAUUUUUCUGCAUUCACACAACCCCAAGGAAGGAAGUGACAUUGAUGAUGUGAAUGCUGGAGAGCAGACCGGGCCGCACUCGGAGACACCGAUGUGCCGUCUCGCGGGGACGCGUGGAAACACUGCAAGGAUUAAAAGUAGACUCACACGGGCGGCAAAUUGUAUCGCGGGCUGGAGGCCUUGAUGAGCCCCCCCCCCACCCCAGGGGCGGCAGGGUCACACCAGCACAUGUUUUGUUUUUCAAUGAGCCUGGAAAAGGAAGGCGGUUUCCACUGGCACCUCGCCCCAGGGAUUAAUUAGACGCCGGGUCAGACGGGCCGCCCCGGUGUUCGCUUCCUGACAAACAAGCCGCCUUACGCCAUCACACCUGACCACCUCUCCUCAAAGGUAGGACCAGUCCUCCUCGCCCUGGUGUUCUUUCGACUUUGCUUUGCUAUUCUUCGUCUUCGCCGUCGUGAUCUGGUGGGCCCGGCAGGAUGCCGAGCCAGUUGGAGGGCGCCAUGGACGCGCUCAUAGCCGUCUUCUACAACUACUCGGGCCACGAUGGGGACAAGUACAAGCUGAACAAGGGCGAGCUCAAGCAGCUGCUGCACAGCGAGCUCACCGACUUCCUCACGUCCCAGAAGGACCCGCUGCUGGUGGAGAAGAUCAUGAACGAUCUGGACUCCAACAAAGACAACGAGGUGGACUUCAACGAGUUUGUGGUGCUGGUGGCGGCGCUCACCGUCGCCUGCAACGACUUCUUCCAGGAGCAGAAGAAGAAGAGCAAGUAGACUGAAAAAACUGAUCAUCAGGAAGCAUCGUUCCUUGUGAUGUUCCAAACGUGGAAUCAUGGAAAAAAGGUCUUGUGUUCUUCAUUUUGACGUUUUUUUCUUAUUGAUGCCAGGCUGUGUUGCUUGGGAUGUACUGGUUAGCAUGCCAACCCUUUUUUUACACCGGAAUCGAACAUGUCGUACAAGUGGAAGAAGACAGGAACCGUUCCAAAAGCACAA